AUGGAGUGUGAGAAGCACGCACACAUUUCGAUCCAUCUUGCCUUUGUCAUCGUCGUCAAAAGUGUACCGUCGUCGCCUUUAUUAACAUUACCUAUGAAGAUCAAAGUCGACGUGUGGAUGAAAGCUUCUGUUAAUCAUUAUGGAUCAAUAAGAAUCAAACAAAGAAAGUCUAUUUUAUUAAAAUAUAAGAGUUUUUUCGUAUGA